AUGAAUUAUGAAGGCAGUACUGCUGGUUUAUCAAAGACCUUAGCCGAACCGAGUGUGAAUUUCAUGUCUCUGCCGUCCUAUGUCCGUAAAUUGAUCUAUGAACACUAUUUUGAUCACGGAUCUUCAGUCUUCGAUCUCAAUCUCCUUGGGCUAUCUCACAAGUUGAUAUGCCUGCGUGACCAAGAAGUUGGCCUUCCGCAACACCAGCAGUUCUUGCACUGCGUGCACUUUGCUGGGUGGCUACAAAACAUGGAAACCUCUACUUUAGAAACGACAUGUUGGACCCUCUCGGAUGAGAGCGACUUUUCGAUUGCACGACGAAGUAAUCGGUUCUGCUGCACGACAUUGGGCUUUAUGGCGCUUUUGUAUGUCAACAAACAAAUAUUCGAAGAAGUCACAAAGGUGUUCUACGCUAUGCACCAAUUUCGUGUAUGCGGAGGCAAUCCACAUGGGUUCGGCCGGUUGUUCAAAAUGAACGAAACCAUGCUGGGCUCACUGACCAAACUUGCACUCCGCCUUGAUGUGCCUCAGAAAUCGAUACCCCCAAGAGGGGGCUGGGAAGACUACCAUUAUGCAAUCCCAACUCCUAUCGAUCUAGCAGAUAGCAUUGGAUUUAAUGUGUUGCAGGAAUGGAAAUUAUCUCAUCGAAAGACUGGCAAGCAACAUUUGUCCAUACACACUCCGACUUGA